AUGAGUACUAGACCAUUGUCCCCGCGGUCGGUGAGCAGGGUUCGUAGCAAUCGCUGCACGCUGCUGCUCACAUCGUCCAUGUCGUCGACUGCCUUCGAGCAGCACCCCAACGACGCACUCAUGACUAUUAACGAGAAUCGCAAUGCUGCUGGCGUUGGAACCGGAGGCCAUGGGCACGACACAAGCGAUACAUCUUCCACCACCUCUUCCUCCUCUUCGUCAUCGGGUUCAGAGUCGGGAACGUUCGACCAGUACGCCGGAACCGGACCUGGACCUGGGGCUCUUGGUGGUGGCUCACCAUCAUCCGGGACCAGCGGCCACCACCAUCGUCACUCGAUGGAUCACUCGGCGGACAGCAGUACACUCGAGCAGGUCAACAAUAAUGCGGCCUUUGGGAUGCAGCAGCAGCUGCUGCCCCCUCACGAGCGCCCACUGAUGAACGGGUGCGAGGACAAGUGGAGCUGGAACAAGCGGGAUCGCUCGAAGGAGGUCUGGCUAAGCGGAGCGAACAACCGGAAGGUACACUUCCAUCCCAACUGGAGCAAGGGUACGGCCGGGAUUCGGGGUACCCGGGUGCUCAACAAUGGCCGCUACUACUGGGAGAUCAGCGUGUCCCAGCGCGUAUUCGGUACGAGCAUGAUGUUUGGCAUUGGCACGAAGAAGGCUCGGCUGCACGUGAAUAUGUUCACCAACUUGCUGGGCGAGGACCGGAACGGCUGGGGACUGUCGCACAAGGGACUGCUGUGGCACGGCGGCAUCGCUCGGAACUAUACGAAACGCUUCAAGGAAAACCAAGCGACCAAGGUGGGCAUUCUGUUCGAUGGGAUCGCCGGCACAUUGACGUACUAUAAGGACGAUGUCUGUCUCGGGGUGGCCUUCCGUGGGCUGAACGAGAUCCGUGAACCACUGUAUCCGGUCGUUUGCUCGACGGCAGCCAAAACGGAAAUGAUUCUCACGGAGACGCGGCGUGACUUUGUCAAUCUGCAAGACCGCUGCCGGGCCGUCAUUAUCAAGCACAUCAACACGCAGGAGAAGCUCGAUCGGCUCGCCCUACCGUACUGCAUCAAGAACUAUCUGGCCGAGGCGGUGACGGACAGUGCGACAACGACGCAGAUGCGACCGCUGGAGCUGCACAUGACGGAACAGUAUCUGCUCUAGUGCCAGCCAGAGUGCCACUCUCAGCAGUAGUUGAAUUGCUAUUAAGUAUUUCUAUUUUGUUCGAAGCCGCCAGUUGAGCCUCACCCCCCCUAUGCCUUCUUCCCCAUGUUCAACUCCGUUAAGUAGGCGUUCUCUAGUGCAGCAUUCGGUUCCUUAGCCACGAGCAAAGCAGCAAGCAGAGGAUAGUGUUGUGUUUAAUUUUCCAAGUCAUUGCGACUAUUGCAGAUCGCAAAACGAGUGAAAUUCUAGUCAUUGUCACAGUCCGUGGUCAUUGCAGGGGACCCGGACCUAGUCAGAGAGAAAAGAGGUAUGUGUGUCUCAUUGUCACCAUUCCACCGCAUGCCAUUCAGUCCAUGUCACCUACCGACAGACCGAACGAGUAGGCGAUGGCAACUGAACGGAUGCUGGAUGCGAACCGGCUACUAGAUUAAGCUCAUUAGGCUCGUAAGGAUAGCUCCUAGGGUAAACAGCGCGUCAUGCAUCCGGCGGAAACCAUCCGCUUCGAAAUCUGUACAUAAUGAUACGUGUGCGUAUGUGUGUGCGUGUUUGUGUGUCGUAACAAUGAUUGUGUUGCAUGCACCGGAAGUGCAGCUGAAUGUAAAAACGCAAGCAAAAACGUGUGGCAAAAAGGGAUUAACAUGUAUUCACAGCGAUAGCAAGCGGUGUGUCUGGUAUGCAGUAUGAAUGACUUGGUGUGAGAUGGUAUACGCGUAAUAAGAGAUGCUGGGAAUGUGAUUCUUAUGAGCAAACUGUUUACUUUCAUAUUUUCUUCCUAUUUAUCGUGUUUUCAUGUGCUUUAAAAUAUGAGUUUAUGUGUUGUGAUAAGGAUGUUUCCUUCAAUCAUUACCAAAGUCUUUUAAUGUGAUAGGUCCGUUAUUGGCUUACGAUUUAGUUUUUGUUGUUUUAUUUUCCCUUAUAAUUUAUGAAUGUUCUGACGGUUCAUUAUUAAUUUAUGAAGAUUCAGUGUUCUAUAAUAUAAUUCAAUUAUUUAUCGUUCCUCGUUUUACCUUAUAAACCGAUGAAUGGCUAUGGCGAAGGUAUGAAUGAGAGAAUCAAAAUUUUAGUAAUACUAAGCGAAGGAAGAAGGUAGCGUUAUUCGGUUCGAUUUCACGUGCUGUGGGAGGACAGGUGGUCAUAAAAAAGGAAACCGAAAAAAAUCAAAGCUAAACCAACAUGAAAAAAAAACUCUUAUAAGUUCACGUGUAUAAUUUUUUGUUUCAAAAUUUUAAAACGGGACUGCGAUCGCGGCGAGGGUGCUCGUUGUGCUUUACGUGUAGCUGUGCGAUAGACUCCGUGCUGGCCAGUGAUACGCAAUGCAACAUCGCAAUCCACUCUUCCUCGAUCGAAGCCCAAACGGAGCACAAAUGUAAACUAUGAAUUUUGGAAUUUAAGGACGCCAGAAAGCGGAGAAAAGCAGGAGCAUUAGAUACUAGAAAGACUAAAGUAAUCCAAAGAAAAAAAACCCAAACAAACAUUCGGCGAUCGGAAUGCGGAAGCACCUUCUGCAGGAGAGGUUAGGCAAAAUUGUAGUUGUAAGGAGAACUAUAUAGCUGCGGAUGGGAGUUUUUAGCUAAGUAAAUCGUAUGUGUAGGGGCCCCGAGAAGCCGACCUCUGCCGCACUGUGUCAGCCAAACCGCGAUACAACGAAAAAGGACAUGAGGCGAGCUCGUGAUUGAAUCGGAACAUGCCAUGGCAGCAGCAGCAGCAGCAGCAGCUAGCUCUCCGAAUCAACUCAUCAUUCCACAGUAUACACCUUUGGCAAACUGGUUUAGGCAUUAACAUUUUACCACUUAAAUCGUACCGAAUAAUUGGACAUUGGCAUCAGAAUGUGUGUGUAUGUGAGAAUGUGUGUGAAUGUGUGUAUGUGUACAAGGUGAUUGUGAACCAUGGAGCGACGCUGGAGUGCUUGGAAUAGUAGCAAACAGUAUUUCCGACGUUGGUGGCGUUACAGCGAAAGUCAGAGACUAAGAUACAUUUGAUUUAAUUAGAAAUUAAACUUUCGAUAUACAUUCCUUGGAGCAUAUAAACCUAAGGCAACGAUCUACUCAUGAUCUGGCACGAGGCUGAAAUUCAAAAAAGUCUUAAAGGAACUAAACAGAAAAAAGAAAUUUAUGUUCGCGUGAAAGAACGCUUUGUGUUCGACAACUCGACACAGACCACAGAGACUACACUCUCACCUUUCAUUUACAGCAUCCGGUUCCGCUGGGUUGAGCCUAGGUAGAAUUAUUUAAAAUCUUCGUCAUUCCACCAUUGAGUGCCCGCGGAGGAAUCGAUAGGCCAUCGAAUGUGCAAUAGCAUACUAGUAAAAUGCAACAUGUAACUUGUCGCUUAAGGCGAAUCUUUACAUUUAGCUACUUAGCAUAUAGGCACCCAUCGUAUAACACAUUUGUAUUCGUUCAAACUCAAGCCAUAUAAUGAUGUCCGGCAAUGAUGAUGAUGAUGCUACUGCAGCUUGUGUCGCCGGUGGUAGAAGGUCGUUAUUUACCGAUCGAGACAUCAGUUGCUUUUUGCAGAAGGAAGAAACAUUGAACAUUGGUACAGUGGAAGCCAUUCGAAAACAGUGGUGUUACAAGUAUGCUAAACGUAAAUCUUAAAAUAAAUUGAACA